AUGGCGGUCCCACGAGCACGAGUCCUGGACCUCAUGAAGGCGUCAUGCCGCGUCUUCAACACCACGUACAACCCUGAGCGCGUCCGUAUCGGUUCACACAUCAUGCACCAGCGCCUCAAGGGUGCCUCAGUCGCCUCCUACUACCCACCGAGGAUAGGUGUCAUUAGCCAGCUGCGAUCGCUGUAUCCUGAGAACGAGCUCUUGGAUGAGGACGAGGAAGAUUGGCUCGAACACCUGAACGUAGCGAGGUCGCGAGGAAAAGCGACGCCGAAGAAGAAGAGGACGGCUGCCGAAUCGAAGAAGUUCAACAAGAGGAAGUAG